GUUUCAGGUUCCGGGUUUCCGGGUGAACGAGAGCGGCUGGGGAGUGAGUGGCCGCCGCUGCGGCGGGGAGCAGGGCCAUGGAGAAGCUGCGGCGGGUCCUGAGCGGCCAGGACGACGAGGAGCAGGGCCUGACUGCGCAGGUCCUGGAUGCCUCGACCCUUAGUUUCAACACCAGGCUGAAGUGGUUCGUCAUAUGCUUCGUAAGCGGCAUCUUCUUCUCUUUUCUUGGAACUGGAUUGCUGUGGCUUCCUGGUGGCAUAAAGCUUUUUGCAGUAUUUUAUACCUUUGGAAAUAUUGCUGCCUUAGCCAGUACUUGCUUUUUAAUGGGCCCCGUGAAGCAGCUCAAGAAGAUGUUCGAAACGACGCGGUUGCUGGCGACGAUUGUAAUGAUCUUGUGUUUGGUACUUACCCUGUGUGCUGCUCUUUGGUGGCGCAAGAAGGGACUGGCCUUAUUAUUCUGCAUAUUGCAGUUCUUGUCGCUGACCUGGUACAGUCUCUCCUACAUCCCGUACGCACGGGAUGCAGUAAUUAAAUGCUGUUCUUCUCUCCUGAGUUGAACAUCAGAAACUGAAAAGGCCACUGGAAAGUUGAUAUUCUGAUUUGAGCAAAGUAUGCAUUUCCUGAUGCAAUAAUCACUCCGAAAACCACUGCACUGACCUGACCAUUUGAGACCAUUUUGUAUAUUGAUAAAAACUACAUGCCAUUAAAACUGUUAAAUGCUUGUGAAACGUUAAAUUCAUUAUGUGUCAUUAAUGUGCUCUUCCGAAGGUAGAUUUUAAUCAUUGCCUAUUGUAAAUGAUUUUUAGCCAGUUUUUAAUCUUUUCUAAACACAUUUGAGAUGUGAAUAUUUGCAGAUAAACCUAUGCUGCAAGAUAUACUCAGCUUUUUGGAUGGUUUUUAAAUCUACAUUUAAAAAAAAUCUUUAAAAUAAAAACUUGUGUAAGGUUUUACUUUAAGCUAAAAAUUGCUUAUUAUGUGUAAUAGAAGUAAUAUAUAUACAUCUUUAUAAUUUUGAAAUAAACCCACACUUGGAAAAUACCA